AGUAGAAUGUCAGAAGAUAUUGAAGAAAUUGAAAAAGAAGUAGAAAUUGAAUUAGACAGAAUCAGUGUUUCUUCGUUUGGAACAGAUGAUCCUGACUCAGAGGUAGCAGAUGAGCCCUUGAGUGACAGUGACACAAUUUCAGAUGGCUUACCAGAAUCAGUUCUCUCCUAUUUAAACUUUAUCAAGAGCAGCAACCAAGAUGCUGAAAACCUUAUACUGCAGGACUUGGAAGGUGAGAGAAGUACAAGUGACACUUAUGAAGUAGUUUCUUGCCAUCCUUCUAAAUCAAAUGAAGAUUCAAAACAACUUAAUGAAAAGAUACUGCUUGAAGACUUGAAGCUUGCUGCAACACCUGAUUAUAGACAGUCCAUCAGUGAUGAAGUGGGCACUGAUGACCACUUUCUUACAGCUGGUCUUGAAAUGAGCAUAAGUCUUGCCCAUUGUGAAGUAGAAGAAGAGUGUAGACCAGCACUUGAGCUUGAAGAUGAAAAGAUGAAAAAGUGGAAAGCUGAGAGAAACUCAUGGGAGAAAAAGAAUGAAGAGGAACAUGCAAGAAGGUUGCAGGAUCUAGAGCAAUUUGAGGCUGAAAGAAUAAAGUUAGAUCUUCUUCAUAAGAAACGCCAAGCUGCAAUAGAAGAUGAGUUACAGAAAGAAGAGGAAGUUUGGAGAAACAGAAUGAGGCAACAUGAGGAAGUGAUCUUGAAACUACAAUUGCAAAUGGAAGAGGAGAAAAAGGCCUUGGAAGAGCAGAAAGCAAAAGAAAGACAACAACUGGCUGAACAACAGAAUAUAGCAGCUGUGAAAAUCCAAGCUAGAUUUAGAGCAUUUUUAGUCCGUAAAAAAUAUGCUCCCAUUUUAAAACAAUGGAAAUAUGAAAUGAGAAAGAAGCAGAAAAUACUAGAGGAAAUAGAGAGAGAAAUGAAAGAAAGAGAGGAGAAAAUGAACAAGCGAAUGGAAGAAAACAAGUUAAAGAGAAAAGAGGAAAGAAAGGGACAAGAAGAACUUGAAAGACAAGAAUAUUUGAAACCGUUGAGGAGGCAUGAGGAAUACGAGAAAAAGAAAGAAAGCCUGAGACUGGAAAGAGGAAAACAACUGCAAAUAAGAAGAGAAGAAGAAAGAAAAUUAGAACAAAAAAGAACAGAAGCUGUGAUGAGUGAAAAUGUAGAAAAUAACAUAGAAAACAUAAAAAAGGAUAAUAAGACAGAAAAUAUGAAAGUAAUAAGAGAAGAGAAGGAGGAACUAAAUAAACAAGUAAAGGAACCAGAAGAAAAACAUGCUGAAAUGAUGGAUGAAAGAAAUAAUAGGAUGAUUCCAGCAGAAAGAAAUUUGACACCAACUGUGCUAGGCUCUGAGAAGGAGCACUCUUCUCAAGUGAAUAAUGAGAACUUAUACAUUAAUUCAGUAACACAAGUAGAAGAAAAUUACUCACAAACAAAUUAUCUUGAUAAAGCUUCAAAUGGUCAUAUUUUAAAGGAUGACUCUCUUAACUCUGAUAAAGCUUCAAAUGGUCAUAUUUCAAAGGAUGAAUCUCUUAACUUCGGUGCUAAUGGCAUGGUAGAAAAUAAGGCAAACUGCAUAUGCUGCAUAUUGAACUGCAUAUGCACCAGCCCACCAAAUGUCCAGCCAAAUGCUAAUAACAGAGAAAUUAAAGAUCCAUUUUCUCACUAUGAAACUAUGAAGAAAACUUUAUUUCUUAUUGAAAGUUCUACUGAAGAAGUCAAAGACAACUGGGACAGUAGUCAAGAUGUGGCAGAGUCUUCUAGUAAAGUAUUUUUUCCUGAUGAUAUUGAAAAGAAGAGAAUAAACUGGAUGAACACAUGCAAAUCUUGGUCUAAAAUAUAUGAAGAAAACCAAAGAAAACAAGCAACUGUAAGAAAACGACUAAGGAAAAGUUCAGUUAGCAAGAUGCCUCCACUAAGUACAGAAAAGAUAAUUCAUAGUGGCCCUUGGAGGACCUUGCAACAGGUCACAACGCUUACGCUCGAAGAUUUGCCAGCUUGUAGCCUCUCAACCUUAUCUGAGUGUUCAAAUCUUCAAGUUUUGACUCUGAGGCGCUGUGGACUGGUUGCACUGGAAGGACUAAGUAGCUGCAAAGACCUGAAGUAUAUCAAUGUGGAGGACAAUGACAUUCAGGUAAUUGACUGUGCAAAUCUGGAAAAUCUCUGUAUUCUCAUUCUGAAUAAGAACCGUCUUUCAUCAGUUUGUGGCUUAAAUGGAUGCAAAAAUCUCCAAAAUCUUGAACUUUCCUACAAUAGAAUCACUCGAAUUGGUGGCCUGGAGUCACUGAAAAAUCUUCAACAAUUAAUAGUGGACCAUAAUCAGUUAAUCAGCACAAAAGGUCUUUGUGAGGUACCUACUCUCAUUCACCUAGACUGCUCUUUCAAUCAUCUCGCACAAGUUGAAGGCAUUGAGAAUUGUGGCCUGCUUCAGGUUCUGAAGUUGCAGGGCAAUAAUCUCCAGGAGCUUCCAAGACUGGAAAAUCAUGUUCUCUUAAGAGAACUAUAUUUGGAUGACAAUAGCAUUUCUUCUUUGAGAAUGCUUUCUUUGUAUUGGUUGCCUCUAUUGCAAAUUCUUUUGCUGUCUCAAAAUAGAUUAACUGACCUUGUGCCUUUAAAUUCAUUUGUAUUUUUGGAAAAGCUAGAUAUCAAAAAUAACUGCUUGUCAGAUCUUAAAGAAGUCCAUACAUGGUUUAGUGGAUGCCGUAAACUAAAGGAGUUGUCAUUGAGUGGGAAUCCUCUUCUCCAAGAAAAGAACUGGAGGUCUUCCAUGUUGGAGGUCCUGCCUAGUUUGCAGUUGCUUGAUGGUGAAAUCUUAACCCUUCAUACUUUACCCACAAUUGAAAGAAUCAAAGCAUCAGAAUUAGGAACUUUUCUGAGACUUUGUCAAGUUCAAAUUGAAGAAAAUAUUCAACUGAAAAAAAAGGCUGCUGAAUUGGAAGUUGCCUCUUCUAUUGAUUCUGCACUGGGACAAUGCUGGUAUUUUAAUCAGUUGAUGAAACUUAGUAUUAAACAUCGAUAUGUACAUGAGUACGGUCAACUAAACAUUACUGACAGAGAUGGACCAGAAGCACUUCAAAAUCAUUUAAAGCAUGCAUCCACUGGCUGCCUACAGGAAAAUAACCUCUUUAUCAUGGGUGCGACAGAAAAUAAACAGGUCUUGUUGGAUCCUUCCAAAAGAUGGAUUGCUACUGGUGAUAUUCAGGCCACAUUCAUUAACUCCUCCAUACCUGUACACCAGAAGGAAAAUAGAGGAGAUCAGAGAUUGAAGCAGAAGAGCACUGAAUCUUGUAUUAAUUACAGUGUGGAGAGCAAAGGUGACAAUAAUAUGUCAGGCAAGCUCACAUUGCAACAGUCAGUGAUAGUAACAAGUGAUAUGGGAAGAAAUUUCCAGCACUUUGGGAAUGAUAAAGAAAGACUACAUAUGGCAGCAUCCUUGAUCCAGUCUUUUUGGCGACAGUACCAUGCUCAGAGGACAAAUAACUGCAAUAAAACAGAGAAUCAUCAGUUUGUAGAAGCUUUGAGACAGAAACAUGAAGCUGCCACAGUAAUCCAGGCAUUUUGGAAGGGUUUUCUUUUGCGAAAGAAACUGGCCAGUGCUCUUGCAGAUGUUAAAAGUGAUGAAGUGGAAGAUGAAUAUGAAGAAAUAAAUGUGGAUGCUUUCACAUUUUCUGAAGCUGCAUUAGAGAAGGAAUGGCUAACUCUAGAUUCCACCCGUUUCCCUUCAAAAACACUCCUGCUCUCAAACCAGCUGCACUGGCCAAAGAAGUCUUCUAGGCCUUCAGAUUCCAGAGGACAUUCGAAUAGUUUGCCAUUAGCACCAGAAGAAGUUUGGCAGUGUGCUAGCAGACCACAUUCAUACUCAGCAGAAAAAGUCCAUUUUCAUAGCAGGUCAGGGAAGGAAACAAUGUCACAGCUUUCUAACUGGAAAGAAAAAAAGGAAUUUUUAUUGAAGUCUGAAAAAGAAGAGAAGAUAUCAGAAGAAUGGGGUUUUAAGGAUAUUUCUACUGCACAGCUAAUGCUGAAGAGGGCCCACAAAAUGAAACCUAAGAAAUGCAGUAAUAAAAGUUUAGACCCAGCUGUGCGCCUGGCGUUGUUCAAAAACAAUGAAAAUAAACAUCUCUCUGUGAAACCUCCAGGGAAGACACAGCCUAUAAGUGCUGGCUACUUUGAAGGUAAAAAAAUUUCCCAGCUGGAUACUACUUUAGAUGAGAAAUUACAGAGAAAAGACUUCACAUACCAAUGGCUUCAUGCACAACUUUUGGAUUAUGAAGCAGCCAGUUCCAGAAAUACGAAGUGCUGUCAUUUUUUGCCUGAGCUAGAUCCUGCGACAUGUGACAACAGACAAGUACAACUUGUGGCAAGCCCUGUAAGCAGAGAAGACAUGGAUUUAGACCUUGUUUCCAUGGCCAGUGGAAGUGCUUUGACUGAGAACAGAGAAAAAAAUAAGCCACCACACAGACACUCAGCACGAUCCUCAAAAAAUAAUAUUUCUACUCCAGAAAAAUCAUGUUUGGGUCCGUCUUAUAGAGAACGAAUAUCAUUUCGAGACCAUCCAUUGCAGCUAAGCGGAGGAUGGGGAGCAGGCAAAAAAAGGCAAAAGCUUAAAAAAUAUUAG